AAUGUUAUAUAAUUACUCUAUGAAAAUAACAACGUUAAAAUGGCUGCGCCCUGUAACAACAUACAAUGUGCCGAUUUUCUAGAGUUCCAGGAUGCUAUAAACAAAAUGAGGACUUUGGAUGACAAAAUCAUUUAUGCGCUGAACACGUCCAUCCCAACAGAAUCUUUCAAAGCAAAGUUGGACCCUUCAGCAACAUGUAAGGAUUUGUAUGACCAGCUCAAAGUCAAUUAUGAUGCGAGAGAGGCCGCUAUUAAAAAUUGCAUUCUAUUAUCCACAGAGCAAUUAAAGGAGUUGAAAGCUUUAAAAGAACAGGCCACAGACAAUCCCAGUGUCAUAAAGGCCUUCAAGAAAGAACAAACUAAGCUGCGGCUGCUCCGGUCGGAGCUUGGCGUGGAGGAGGUGGUGCGGGAGCGGUCCCUCAAGGUGUACCGCGAGCGGUGCCGCUCCUUCUACAAGCCGCCCGGCGCGCAGCUGUGACGCCGCCCGCCCGCGGGGCGCAGAUGUAGGGGGGUAGCCUUCCCCCGGCGCGUCGCCGGGGGACAGAUCUGGAACGAACCGACUUCUUUGCUCACGCUUCUCCCCGCCGCCUCCACGGGGGGGAGGCUCGGGAGAAGCCCGCCAUCGCCACCAGAACCAUGAUCGCCAGUUUCUGGUACGCCGAUAAUAAACAGUUUUUACUUCACAUA